UCUUCUCCUGACCACGACUGCGUAGUCUUCUCUCACCACACAUCGUCGUCAUGGCCGGAAACCAACACGUUUCGAUCCCCGUUGAUCCCUCCUCAGCGGGCACAAGCUCCGAGGGCAUCAUCAAAGCGCCCGACGGACUAGACCUCUACUUCAAGCGUUACCACCCGUCCUCCCCUUCGCCCCCCGCCCUCUCCGUCGUCUUUGUGCACGGAUUCGUAGAGUACAUCGCUCGCUAUGAGGCCGCCUUUCCCGCCUUUUCUGCUAGAGGCAUUGAGCUCAUUGCCUUCGACCAGCGCGGCUUCGGCCAAACAGCGCAAAAGGCUCCGGGGGGAUGGGGGAAGCAUUACACCACUACGAACUGGCCGCAGCAGUUCAUGGAUGUGCAGGCGGUCGUCGUGGAGCAGCGCAAAUACCUCGAUGACAAGUUCGGCAGGGAUAAGGUGCCGAUCUAUCUGCUGGGUCACUCUAUGGGUGGUGGCAUUAGCAUUGCGGUGUUCACGCGUGAUGCGAGCAGCCCGGAGCACAAGGACCUCGAGCAGCUGAGGACCAUCGUCAAAGGAGUGGCAGCUUCUUCGCCUUGGCUGACAUUGACCAAGCCCGCCCCGUCCGUCAUCACCGCUCUUGCUCCCUAUCUGAUCAAGGUCUUCCCCAAUCUUAAAUACCCCGUCGACCUCAAGGCAGAAGAGCUCACCCGUGACCCUGCGGGCCAAGAAGCAUGGCGCAAAGAUCCCAUGAUCCAACCCUGGGUGAAGGCCGUAUCCGCUUUUGGCCCUCUGAAGGGCGGCGAAGACAUCGUGGCGAACAAGUGGAAGAAUUGGGACACGAGCAAGCCGCUCCUUAUUGCGCAUGGAGAAGAUGACGGGGUGACGAGCUACAAGGGGAGCAACACGCUGGUGAAGAAGAUCCAGGAGGGCGUUCAGGGGGCGAAUGUUGAGUACAAGGGGUUCGAGGGUGGCAAGCAUGAGAUGAUGUUCGAUCUGGACAAGGAACAGUUCACCAACUACAUUAUCGACUGGCUGCACAAGCAGGCUGCCGAGGGCGUAAAGACGCAAGCUGCUUGAGCCUAUCUACAAGCCACUGUAUACCCCACGCUUACUUCUCACAAUACGGCACGCUGUACUUGGCGAGCCCAUACACGGUGAAUGCCUUCUCGAUUGAUGUACCUCGUUGCCGUGGCGCUUUGAAUGUCUGUAGUCGGAAGCUUCGGCAGUCAUGCUCGCCUCAUCCGUUGUUCUCACUUCAUCAACGUGCAUCUGCCUAUCCCGAUA